AUGUCCUGGACAUUUGUGAUUCUGUUUCGAUGCAGAUCCUUGUUAAGUGACUUGUCUCUUUGGGAGAAGCAUCGUACUCGCUCACCAUGUAGAGGUAUAAAUUACAAUUUACAUCGCGAAAGACCAGCCACCAGAACUACGGCGACACACCAAGUCAUUGACGAUCGCCCUGGUGAAGCCUAUGCAGAAUUGAGCCGCUGGCUAAGCAGCAAUGUGAAAAGCAUAUCUAGAGUUUGA